UGAGGAACUUAUGUGUCGGGUAUUGCGGUAAAGCGACUUGUGAAUCUCCGACGGAUUGGUGCGUUGAAAGUGAUAGAGGUUUUGAGAGCUCUGAAAUCGAACGAGCUCCAAGAAACUCUAGCUAAAGGUUCCUGGAUGUUUGAGUGUUAUAAUUGUUGCCGUUGUGUAUUGCUCGAUAGUCGAGGUAGUGUCGUCACAAGAAGUGCUCUAAGCCAAGGAGGGCGACCAAAUGGCUGAAGACAGCGAUAAGAUCCAAUAGGCUUGAUUGUUCUUAUGGAUAGGUUGGUUUGAUAGGACUUCCCAGCUUGAAGGCGUAGGAGAAAGCAGUCUGAGAAGAGCUGAGGAUUGAGAGUGCAAGUGAAGAGGUUGGGUAUGGAGGGAAGAAAGCUCGAAGCUGGACAGGAGCUCUCACAUCUUUUAUUUACUUUGCGCCCCACCAGCGUUGCGGCCGAGCAACGGCGCUUUGACCAGCUAUAUUCCCGCCUACCACUGCUGGGUACCUAAGUACCUAGAUCGGUAGUUACCAAGGGUGUGCGGAGAGGCGCCGCAAUUUCCAUUAGUCACGUGGCUUUCUACUCAGCCGCUAACAAAAUAGCCAAUGAACGGAAGGGCCCCUCUUUCCGGACACACCGCUGCAGUUGCCACGACAGGACCCAGCUUGAGACUGCCUGGAGACAGAAGGCGGCCCGUGAUUUCCUAAUUAAGUCGCCUCGGAUUGUCAAUGCAGGAACAACAGGACCUCCACCAUCCCCGUAUGCAGCGACAACCCGUCUCGUUGUCGCCUUCUGCUAUCGAAACUGCGUCCCGUGGAACAGUACCACCGUCGCACUCUCUUUUUCUCCCGACUUCCUCCGCCUUCAUCUAACAUUCCCUCCGCGCUCGGGUAGCCCGCAAGACGGAGACAUCAGUUGUUCAGCGACCUCCGACGCGAUUGAGAUGACUUCUUAGCACCGCCGACUUUGCUGCCCAUCAUGGCCCAGCCCCAAUCUUCGCCAGCAACACCUGUGGGUCUGCCUCAGUCACUUUUCGGAGGACCUGCCUCACAGGCCUUGACGACACCGAAUCAAGCCUCUGCGACGCAACCGCAUUUUCAGCCGACACCAUCACCGGUAGACCAAGCACCGGGGUCAGCCACGUCGAGCAACAAUACAUAUAUCAUGCCGAACUCGCCCAUCAAGCACAGAGGCACCUUAGAUGGAUACCGACCAAGAGUAACGAGGACCCUAGGCCAGCGACCGGCAUGUUUGGUUAACGCCUCAGUCACGUACUGCGGCAACAACCACAUAUAUGCUUUCGGAGGCUUCGACCAAUACACGGAUGAAGUGUACAACCACGUCCUCAAACUGGACUUGGUCAGCCAUCAGUGGAGUUUAGUGGAUAACUACGGCGAUAUUCCCGGCGUACGGAUGGGCCACACAGCUACGCUGUACCAGGGCGACAAGCUGCUCGUCUUCGGUGGCGAAAACGAGCACCGAACCUACCUAUCCGAUUUAAUCAUUUUCAACCUGAAGACAGCACAUUGGACACAGCCCCAAGUCACAGGCCCAGUGCCGAAAGGUCGGGCGCGACACGCGGCAGUCCUACACGAAGACAAGCUUUUUAUCGUGGGUGGGAUCACUGGCCAUGACAAUUAUGUUCUCGACGAUAUUUGCUAUCUCGAUCUGAAGACCUUCACUUGGUCACGAUCUUGGCGUUUCGUAGGUCGGUUUGAUCACUCAGCCUACAUAUCAGGAGAUAGAGUAUGGGUGUUUGGCGGGCUUUCCGAGGAUAUGGACAAAAUCGGCGACCUUUGGUGGCUCGAUCUCAAAGGUAGCCCUGCUUUCGAAUCCGCACCCCAAGUCGGGAUUUACGAUCGUCAAGCAGGAGCCAGCCGAGCUGUUGGCUCGCCGCGGCAACCCUACUCCCUAGCACACCCGCCACCAGCUGUCGGUGCGUCUGGCUAUGCCGCCAACUCCCGGACGCAGCAGGUGAACCCGCCAUCAUUUCAGCUCAAGACGUUUGCUCCCAUGGCCCCAGGAACCAUCUCGUCGUUGAAAUUUGUAUCCGGGCCCAAUAUACCUUCACAGGGGUCGGGUAUACAUUUUCAUGUGUACUCUUCCGGCACGCUACUUGACUUCGUCACCCCAGCGGCGACGAUCACUUCCAAGGAAUGCUCUUUAUCAGCUUUGGACCUGGCGACUCUCAGAUGGCAGAAACUCGCUGAAGGCCGUGAGAUAUUCAAGCCAGGGUAUCGCUGGCACUACUGCACAAUGAAUGAAGAUGGCACAAAAGCUUGGCUGCUGGGCUGCCCAACUGAUCCAGCCGCGUCGGAUCUGGGGCCAAACGGUUUUGAAGAAUACCUCAGCGACAUUAUGGAAAUUGAUUUACGUCGAUAUGGCUUUCUCGGGAACAAUCUCUCCUUCGAGCCACGCAUAGAGUCGAGGCCAACGACACGAGUAAUCGACCAGCCGUCCAAGGGUCUUGGGGCCGACUUGGCCAAAUUGUUCGACCAGCCUCCGGAGAGUGGCAGUGGUACUGAUUUCGUCGUCACCGCCCUUGAGGGCGAUUAUGAAGACGACGACAUGAUGAGCCGAGCCGCCGAUGCCUCUGCUGAGCAGAACUGGCUAGCGCCUGAUGCUCCUACGUCUCAACCGAUUCACGUACACAAGCUCAUUCUUCAGGCACGCUGGCCGCAUUUUGCCCGACUUUACAAUUCCCAGAUGGCAGAAUUUCAUACCAAGAAGAUGCACAUUCCUGAACCGUACACAGUGGUCAAAGCCUUCCUGUACUACUUGUAUACAGACAGUAUUCACGGAACAUCUGUCAACGAGAGCGGGGCCACCACGGACUUAUCAGAUGUAGCCGGGCUGCUGGUCAUGUCCAACAUAUACGGCAUUCCUCACCUUCGGUUGCUGUGCGUGAACAGACUUUCCAAGGAGCUGGAUGUCGAUCACGCCUGUAUUAUUUGGCACUGCGCUGGGCUUGCAAACGAAGAAUGGCUCCGAAAACGCGCGGCGCAGUUCUGCCUCACGCAUUGGGGCCGCAUCGUCCGGACGCAGGGCUUCCUCCGACUGCCACGGUCAGCGUUAGUUGAGCUAUCUCAGGAAAUCGACAUGGAAGGCCGCGUGGUUGGUGGCGACGAACUGGAGUAUGUCGGCGGGCUGGCAGGCUCACGUUUUGGCGACGGCUGUUCCAUCGUCAGUCGGAAGGAGAGUGUUGGCAGUAACCACACACAGUUGCUCGACAGCGAAGCUGACGACGAAGAUGGCAUGGAGAUGAGCUGAGCGUGUGCUCAACACGCAUGACAACUAUCAAGUGACACAAUUGUCCCUUGCAACUACCACUGUACCCCUUUCUGGUUACCUUGCUAGGGAACAGAACUAGACAUGCAGGGCUUCGUUGGUAAGGCAUCCAGUCAGAACGAACUGCCAGUCGCACUGAUACUAUUUACUCUUUCACCUUAUGAUGGCGUAUAAAUGACGAAGACAUGUCUUAUGUGGAUACUGCGGUAGUGAGAUAGCUUAUUGCAUGGUUCGGGGUGUUGUUUUGUUACAGGUUUGGUCUUGUUACUCUGUUAUUGCU